AUGAAGUCUUUCACUCCCCUCGCCCUGGCCUUGAUGGCCGCCUCUGGCGCCAUGGCCGCUGACCCUUCUGCCUCUGAGUGUGCUUCCAUGUGUCUCUCCAAUAUGAGCAAGAAGGCCGCCGAUUUGGGUUGCAAGGCUGAUGACCUCGCCUGCCUGUGCAAGAGCGACAACUACAAGUUCGGUAUCCGUGACUGCACCAAGGAGGCCUGCCCUAGCGACGACGCCGAGAAGGUUCUCGCUAUGGCUGUUGCCAAGUGUCCUGGUGGUGUUGCUGGCUCUGAUGCCGACUCCAACUCCGACUCCGACUCUAGCUCCAGCUCUGCCUCCGGAUCUGACUCAAGCUCCUCCUCCGGCUCUGGCUCCGGUGCUGGUGCCUCCACUGCCACUGGCUCUGAUGCCAGCGCUACUGGCACUGACGUCUCUGGCUCCAAGACUGCCACCGGUUCCGACGCCAGCGCUACCGGCACUGACGCCUCUGGCUCCAAGUCUGCCACCGGCUCCGAUGCCAGCAUUACUGGCACUGGCGCUUCUGGCUCCGGUGUGAGCGGCUCCGCUACCGCCACUGGCUCCGUUUCCACCAUCACCAGCACUGACGCCUCCGGCUCCAUGGUGACACGGACUAGCACCGGCGCAUCCUCCACUUCCACUGGCUCCGGCAGCGGCUCCGACUCUGACUCUGAUUCUGAGUCUGGCAGCGGCUCCGCCUCUGAGUCUGGCAACGGCUCCGGCCCCGACAGCUCUGCUUCCGGCUCUGCUUCUCCCUCCGCCAGUGAAGGUGCCGCUGCCCCCAUGGCCACUGUUGGCAGUGGUGCUAUGGGUGUCCUCGGCCUGUUCGCCAUCCUCGCUCUGUAA